UUAGACUAUCGUAAUCUGCAGAUUAUAUAAUGAAUAACUUUUCACAUGUACCUCCCGGUUUUAGAUUCCACCCAACAGAUGAGGAACUGGUAGAUUACUACCUAAGGAAAAAGAUCGCAUCAAAAAGAAUCGAUCUUGAUGUUAUUAAGGACGUUGAUCUCUAUAGAAUCGAGCCAUGGGAUCUUCAAGAUUUAUGCAAGCUAGGAACCGAGGAGCAAAACGAGUGGUAUUUCUUUAGUCACAAGGAUAAAAAGUAUCCCACAGGAACCCGCACGAAUAGAGCUACAAAAGCUGGGUUUUGGAAAGCCACCGGAAGAGACAAGGGGAUAUACUCUAAGAAUAAUUUAGUUGGCAUGAGAAAGACCUUGGUGUUUUACAAAGGCCGCGCUCCCAAUGGACAGAAAUCAGAUUGGAUUAUGCACGAAUAUAGGCUAGAAACAAAUGAAAAUGGGCCGACUCAGGAAGAAGGAUGGGUUGUUUGCAGGGUAUUCAAGAAGCGAAUAACGACAGUACGAAGGAUGGAUGAACACGAGUCUAUGUGUUGGUUUGACGAUCAAGUAUCGUUCAUGCCAAAUUUUGAAUCUCCCAGAAGGAUAACAACCCACCCUUACACAUCAAAUAGUAGUUCAUACCAUCAUCCAUUUCCAGCAAACUCUGAGCAUGAUGAUCAGCAAUAUUUGCAGCAUUACAACAACAACAUAUUGCCUCAAGAUCAAUCCUUUCUUCAACUUCCUCAAUUAGUGUCUCCACCGCCUUUUCAGCCCUCAACUACUCAUCAGCAGUUGAACAUGAACUUGCUUUAUGGUAAUCAACAUCAAGAUCUUCAAGUGACUGAUUGGCGUGUGCUCGAUAAGUUUGUUGCUUCGCAGCUUAGUAAUGAUGAUCAAGACACUACUACUACUCCCAAAGAGUUCGAUCAAGAAAAAUGUGAUUGAUCUAGCUAGUUGCUGUACAAAAUAAACAUAAUAUGGGGGUGAAGUACUUCUAUAUAUUAAACUUGUUGGACUGAGCUUUGUUAAUUAAGUAGAUACAACGUAUAUGUAUGUAAUUCUUAUAACAGAUCUCUAAUGUAUUCAUGUACGUACGUACGCGUAUUUUGAUUGUCGUUACUUGUUACGACUAAUUAAGGGAAUU